GGCCUGAGGGAGUUGUCCCGGAUUCCUGUUCUUUCUGAAGGGGCUCUGAGACACCUCAAAUGCCGCGAGACUGAAGAGCAGACGUCGGAGAUUAUUAUGUCGAUUUUCCGAGAACCCGGGUUCUCUGCGCGGAAUAGAAGGAAAGGCUGAGUCCUCAGGGGUCUCGCCGGCAUUUGAUACCAGGGAGACCCCCAGGAUUGUCCAAAUUGCCGUGGACCAGCAAUUGUCCUAUACUUACAUCCUGCAUUUUAAAAGAAAAUAUCUUCAGUUUGCUUGAAUGCCAUCAAUAAUACACUCUCCCCGGUGCAGCGACUUCGGCUUCUUCUUUCAAAGUAUGUUUUAUGUUUUUGCCAAAUAUGAUCUCUAAUUGAAAGUUUAUUUUUGGUUUUGGAUGAAUCUGUGGAGCUUAUGCUGUAAGAAAAAAGGGGGAACAAGACACAAUGAAAGAAAAGUCCAAAAAUGCUGCUCGGACUAGGAGGGAGAAAGAAAACAGUGAAUUUUAUGAACUGGCUAAAUUACUGCCUUUGCCCUCGGCUAUCACCUCGCAGCUGGACAAAGCAUCCAUAAUCAGACUCACGACCAGCUAUCUCAAAAUGAGAGUGGUGUUCCCAGAAGGGCUCGGCGAGGCUUGGGGCCACUCGAGUAGGACCAGUCCCCUUGACAACGUUGGCCGAGAACUGGGCUCCCAUUUGCUCCAGACCCUGGAUGGCUUUAUCUUUGUGGUGGCCCCAGAUGGGAAGAUCAUGUACAUCUCCGAGACAGCCUCAGUGCACCUGGGUCUUUCUCAGGUAGAACUGACCGGAAACAGCAUUUACGAAUACAUCCACCCAGCCGACCACGACGAGAUGACGGCGGUGCUCACGGCCCAUCAGCCCUACCACUCUCACUUCGUGCAGGAGUACGAGAUCGAGCGCUCCUUCUUCCUGAGAAUGAAGUGCGUGCUGGCCAAGAGGAACGCCGGCCUCACCUGUGGCGGCUACAAGGUCAUCCACUGCAGCGGCUACCUGAAGAUCCGCCAGUACAGCCUGGACAUGUCCCCCUUCGAUGGCUGCUACCAGAACGUGGGCCUGGUGGCGGUGGGGCACUCGCUGCCGCCCAGCGCGGUCACGGAGAUCAAGCUGCACAGCAACAUGUUCAUGUUCCGCGCCAGCCUCGACAUGAAGCUCAUCUUCCUGGACUCCAGGGUGGCGGAGCUCACCGGGUACGAACCCCAGGACUUGAUCGAGAAGACUCUGUAUCACCACGUGCACGGCUGCGACACCUUCCAUUUGCGCUGCGCUCACCACCUGUUGCUGGUGAAGGGGCAGGUGACCACCAAAUACUACAGGUUCCUGGCAAAACAUGGCGGCUGGGUCUGGGUACAGAGCUACGCGACCAUCGUGCACAAUAGCCGGUCUUCCAGGCCACACUGCAUCGUCAGUGUCAACUAUGUCCUCACGGACACAGAAUACAAAGGGCUGCAGCUCUCCCUGGAUCAGAUCUCAGUUUCCAAACCUGCCUUCUCCUAUGCCAGCAGCUCUACCCCCACCAUGACUGACAACAGAAAGGGGGCCAAGUCCCGGCUCUCUGGCUCAAAGUCAAAAUCUAGGACUUCACCUUACCCUCAGUAUUCGGGAUUUCACACGGAAAGAUCGGAGUCUGACCACGACAGCCAGUGGGGCGGAAGUCCCCUGACCGACACGGCCUCCCCGCAGCUCCUGGACCCCGCAGACAGGCCGGGCUCGCAGCACGACGCGUCCUGCGCCUACAGACAGUUCUCCGAGCGCAGCUCUCUCUGCUACGGCUUUGCGCUCGACCAUUCCCGGCUGGUGGAGGAGAGGCAUUUCCACAGCCAGGCCUGCGAGGGGGGCCGCUGCGAGGCGGGCAGGUACUUCCUGGGGGCGCCGCAGGCCGGGAGGGAGCCCUGGUGGGGCUCGCGCGCGGGCCUGCCCCUGGCCAAGGCCUCCCCGGAGAGCAGAGACGCCUACGACAGCAGCAUGCCUCACAUCGCCGCGGUGCACAGGCUCCACGGGCGAGGUCAUUGGGAUGAAGACAGCGUGGUCAGUUCUCCAGACCCUGGGUCGGCCAGCGAAUCAGGUGACCGAUACCGCACUGAGCAGUAUCAAAGUAGCCCACACGAACCUAGCAAAAUUGAAACUCUGAUAAGGGCCACUCAGCAAAUGAUUAAAGAAGAAGAGAACAGAUUGCAGCUAAGGAAAGCCCCAUCAGACCAACUGGCUUCCAUUAAUGGAGCUGGGAAAAAACACCCCCUCUGUUUUGCAAACUACCAGCAGCCCACACCAACAGGUGAAGUCUGCCAUGGCUCUGCUCUUGCCAGCACUUCACCAUGUGACCACAUCCAGCAGAGAGAGGGGAAGAUGCUGAGCCCCAGUGAAACUGACUAUGACAACAGUCCCACUGCAAUAUCUCGGAUAAGUAGUCCCAAUUCGGAUCGCAUUUCGAAAUCCAGUUUGAUCCUGGCUAAAGACUAUCUACAUUCAGAUAUAUCUCCUCACCAGACAGCAGGAGACCAUCCUGCCAUCUCUCCAAACUGCUUUGGCACUCACCGGCAGUAUUUUGAUAAGCAUGCUUAUACACUAACUGGAUAUGCCCUGGAGCACUUGUAUGACAGCGAAACCAUUAGAAACUAUUCCUUGGGUUGUAAUGGCUCACACUUCGAUGUAACUUCCCAUCUAAGGAUGCAGCCAGACCCAGCACAAGGACACAAGGGAACAUCUGUUAUAAUAACCAAUGGAAGCUGAUGUUUUUCUAAAAUAUUUUGUUCUUUAAGAUCUCUGAAACAUAUUUAUAGUUUAAUACCCCAUUACCAGCAUUUACUAUGCUAUAGAUUAUUAGAGGGUAAUUUAAGUUACUGGGUAUUUGAUAUGUGUUCCUAUGAAAAUCAAAGAAAAUAUAGCACUAGCAUUCAGGGUUAUGCACAGAUAUGGAGCAAAACUGAAUACACAAAUUUCCCCUCUAAUUAUAUGGAAACCAGAAUAGAUAGAUUUUCAGUUGAAAAAUACGUAUGUAGAUCAAAUGAGCAUACACACCACAUGAAAGGACUGAUGAAUGACAACCUAGCAUUGUGAUGAUCCAGCGAGCCUCACACAUACAGUCACUAGCACCAACUGCUACAUACGCUUUACAUGCAGAAACAUAGAUUGUACACCCUAAACAUACCAUAAAUGGGUAACUUUCCUUCACUCUGCCACAUUAAGCUUCUUAAAUUCCCAUUCCCCAAAUAACUAAGAAAGAGAGGGACAUGUCUUGUGAACUAAUCUCUUCUUUUUGGUUUCAAACCAGCCAGCUCCUUUGGUUCAAGCAUAAAUUAGAGCAAUGGUUGUGGAUAUGGUGCAAGAAUGAGUUUUCACCUGGUAUCCAUUAGAAGCAAUCAGGAAGUGGUAAUUUUUGGGCUUACUUUUGCAUUAGUCAAGGACCAGAAUUCCACUGACAUAGCAGAAAGGAUUUUUUUUUUAAGUAAAAGCACUGAGAUGGCAGGACACACAUCAGAACCCUGGCAUGCUCAACUGGACAUAGUUUGGUGAGGAUGGAAAGGCCAGAGGCAGAGGGAAAUAGAAUGUAUUUCAAGAUGAGCAGUUUAAGGCUGUGAACAGGUACAUGAGGUCAUUGAGGUAGUAGAGGUUUACUUAUAAAAUCAACCAAAUAAGAAAUUCAAACCAAUUCACCUAGGAAAAAAAGGCAAAAAAAUAAGGUAAACAAGCGAACGGCUACGUGAUUGCAGCGUAAGAGUUUGAAAAUAGUUCAAAGCACAGAUGUGCCCACGUGACAGCAUGUGAAAG